AUGGAAGCGACUCGACAGCAACUUCAAGCAGAACAGGAUAAGACUACCCCAGUCAAGCCUCUAGAGCAGUAUGUGGGCAAAUACUUCAAUAACAUCGGCAACUUCUACCUCGACGUUACCGUCAACGGCGAUGGGCUGAAGAUGUGCGUCCAAGGAUUCGACAAUACCUGCCACGACCUAGAGCACUUCUGCAAUGACACUUUCGCUUGGGAGUGCAAUCGCGAGAAAGAGGCGCGCAACGUCAUGUCCCCGUCGUGA